AUGGCUGCGACUGCAGUUGACGUCGGCUACAUUGCCGCGUCCUACGCGAUCCCAGAGACGAACAUCCGGUCACUAUUAUCCGAACCCAGCGUCGAGCUCGUUCAGUCGCUGCUUGUACAGAUUGAGGCAAAGGCACGCGAGUACGACGAGCUGCAAUCAGAGAAGCUCCGCGCCGACAUCGAGAAUGAGACGGCAGUCCGCGCUGGAGAAGCCCGCGCACGCACUCUCCAGGCGACCGCCGACAAAGCCGUGAAGGAUGCAGAGGAGCUGCGCCAGCAGCUCGCACAGAAAGAAACAGCCCACCAGCAGCUUGAGACGCAGCUGCUGACGCUCCAAGCGAGUACCUCAAGCUCGUCGUCUCAGGUCGAUGUACUAGAAGCCCGCGUACGAAGCCUGGAAAGCCAGAACCGUGACACUGUUGCCCUGCACGAAGCGAAAUCCGCCGCCUAUGACCGCCUCGCCGAAGAAUUGUCGGCCCAGCACCAGAAGCUUGUCGCCCUCCGCAAGCAGGUCUCUGAACUGGAAGACAAGAAGCAGGAGCUCGAGGCUGGCGCCAAGGAUGUGACUUUCCGCGAGAAUAACCUGCGUCAGGAAAUCGACCAGCUCCGCUCCAGCAACGAGUGGUACGAAGGCGAGCUCAAGACGCGCUCCGCCGACAACACUCGCUUCCGCAAGGAAAAGAAUGCGCAGAUUGCGGAACUACAACGCGCCAACGCCGAUGCAACUCAGACGAUAGACUCGCUCCGCAGCAAGGAAACAUCGCAGACCAAGCGCGUCGAAGAGCUUGAACAGCGUGUCGAACAGUCGCUGCUCCGUAUCCAACAACUUCAAGAAGAGACUGCGCAGAACCAACAGUCGUUCCGCGCCGAGCUGGACAACAGCCGUCGCCUUGCUGAACUGUGCGGAGAGCGGGAAAAGACCGCUAAGAAGCGCCUGGAAGAGAUUACCGAUGAGUUCCGGGAUGUCAAGGAUGCAGCGGCCUUCGAGGUAGGUAAGCUACAGGCCGAAUGCGACUCUGAAAAGAGCAAGGUCGUCCAGUAUGAAGCGAAGCUCGCCGAAGUCGAGUCUUUGGUAGAGACUCAAGAAUCCCAGCUAUCCGAGCUGAGGACAUCCGUUCACGUCCCACAUACUCCUCGUCGCGGUAUGAACGGUGCUUUCGGCACCCCAGCACGGGCUGGUUCCCCCAUGAUCUCUACACCGGGCGGAUCGAAGAAGGGCGGCUUGACGGUGACCCAGCUCUACGCCGAGAACGUAAAGCUCAAGGCAGACCUUCGCAGCUCUGAGGAGAACAGGACGGAGCUGCGUGAACAAGUCAACGACAUGCUUCAGUCAAUGGAAGAAAUCUACCCGGAAUUGGAGGAGCGGAAACAAGAGAUCGAACGGCUGAAAUCCGAAUUCGCGAAUUUGUCGGGUAACUUGGACGAUGCUCUUACUGCGAAGGACGCCGCUCGGAAGGAAGCCCGAAAGAAGGAUGGCGAUAUCAAGGGUCUCGAGCAGCGACACCAGAUUGACCGGCAAAUCAUCACCGACAUCACAUUCCAGAACAAACUCUUGCUUCUCGAGCAACAGCGUCGAGAAGUCGGUUUGGAAGCCCUUUCUCCGGAAGACCUGCGUUUCCUCGAAGAGACCAAGGACAACACAAUUCCCGAACAUAGACUGGAUCAGAAUGAUACACCCACGAGCCGUUCGCUGACCCAGCAUCUUGUCUUGUAUAAGAAUAUUGAUGAGUUGGUCCAGCGCAAUCAUGACCUGUUGCAGCAAGUUUCGAACUUCACUCAAGUCUAUGAAGGGAGGCAAGCACAGGAAAAACUUGAAGAGCAGGAGCGUGUCAAGCGAGAACUCGAAGAGUUCCGAGAGAAAGCUGCACAGUAUGAAGACAGGAUCAAUUCGCUCGAAAACACCGUGAACCUACUGACUAAGGAGCGCGAUUUGUGGCGCCGUACCGCCACGAACCAAGGCCACCGAAGUGGAGGCUCUGACGCAGCGUCAAUAUUCGAUGGAACCCCACCACCAGGAAACAGUAUCUCCAAUACGCAGUCUGCGGAAGCCGUCCAGAACAGCAACCUUUUCAAAGAGCUUCAGAAGUCGUUAGAUAUUCUAAGGGAAGAGUCUGUCACUGAUCGUGCGACGCUCAAGCACCAGAUCGACGACCUGACCAAGGAGAUCCGCCAGCUGCAGCACGAAAAUGUGCGACUCGAAAGCAAGCAACAGGUGGCUCAACAGUGGCAUGAUCAACAACAACAUCGCAUCGCUGCUUUGGAGUCGCAGAAGGACUUAUUGCAGAAACGCCUGAAUGCUGCACAGGAUCAACUCGCUAGCAGUGAUCUCAAGUUCCAGCAAGUCAUGGAAGAAAACGUCGAGUGCAGGGGCCAGCUCGAGAGCCUUGAGCGCGCUAACACUAACUUGAAGGCCUCGCAAUCGAUAUGGGAGACAACUAGGAAUCGUUUGGAAGGCGAGAUCAGGACCCUCAACGAAACCAAGAGUCUCCUGAACAAGUCCUUGGAAGAGAAACGGAACGACUACAACGAGCAGACUUUGAUGCAAGCUGAGACUCGACGAUUGCUUGAGUCUCGAGCCAGCUCGCUGGAGGUUGAACUUUCAAACGCACAACGGAAGCUGCAGGACGAAACGGAAGAACACAAGAGGAUCACUAUACGAUUUGAGCUUGAUCAGACGGACAAACAGAGGAAGAUAGACGACUUGCUUAAAGCUGCCAACGAAGUUCGUCAAGAGCUUGCGUCUGUCCGAACUGCUCGAGAUCAACUGCAAGUUCGCGUGGGCGAGUUGCAAUCCGACUUGCGCCUUGCUGAGGAUCGUGCUCAACAGGCACCCCGCGCCAACGGUGCUGCAGCAGCCGACGGAGAGGAAGAAGAAGAGGGGUUCAGCCAUGAAGAGCAGCUCAAGGUGCAACUUGCCGAUCUCAAACGCGAUUAUGAACGUACGAGAGAGAAAUUGGAGACCGCCGAAACGCACAUUGAGACUUACAAGAAUAUCGCUCAAGAGAAAGAAGAGCAGUUGGAAAGUUUUGUUGAGGCUCAUGACCAGAUGGAGCAGGACUUGAACCGGACGCUACAGGAGAAGGAAUCUGAGAUUGAGGAUCUCAAAAAGCGGGUUGAAGAAUUCUCGUCUGAGCUCGCCACUACCAGCACCGAGCUCUCCAACCUCCGCAGCAACCAAGAGCAGGAGAAACUAGAGCUUACCCAGCAAAAGGAAGCACUCGAGGCUGACAUUGCCCGUAUCCAGAGCGAUGUAAACGAGUACGAGGCUGCCAUGGAGACCCAGAAACAGCUCGUUGUAUCGCAAGCCGAAAUCGCGAAGCGCGCACAAGCUGACUAUGAGAACGAGCUCGCGAAACAUGGGGAGACCAUGAAGACUUUGCGAGCGCUCCGUGAACAGUUCAAUACCCUCAGCACCGAGAUUACCCAGUACAAGACCGAGGCAGAGGCUGCUCGGGUUUCGUUAUCGCAGAACGAGGAGCAUUGGUUAUCGAUCAAGGAGCGCCAGGACCGCGAACUUAGAGAGGUCCGAGAAGAGAAAGACGGGCUGAACGGACAGAACAAGACCCUGUACGAGCAGGUCGAUACCCUCAACAACACGAUCAAGACACUGCAGGACAACCGCCUUUCCGUUCCCGGAGGACAAGCAGAUAGCAUCAGCCUCGACUCCAGCCUCAGUGGCUUGCAAGCACUUAAUAGAUCACUUCGCAAUGAUAAGGAUAUCCUACAGCUCAAGGUCAACGGCAUGGAACUUGAAGUCCAGCGGGUCCGUCAAGAACUUGCAACAAAGCAGGAGCAACUCGAGCGAUCAAACGAAAAACUGCUCGCCGAACAGGCUCACUCUCAGAGUCGACCGAACGACGCGAAGUUCAAGGCUUUGGAGGAGAGUGUGGGGCAACUCAACCUCUACCGCGAGAGCAACACCACUCUUCGGAAUGACAUCCAACGCUUGGAGGCUCAUUGCAACCAAAAGGAUAAGGAGCUAGAAGCUCUUCGAGCACAGCUUCAACCUCUACAGGCCCGGGUCUUCGAGCUUGAGGGUGAACUUGAAUUCACGAGCGGUCAGUUGAAGACAGUUGAAGAAGACCGUGAACGUUGGCAGAAGCGACACCAGGACGUACUUCAAAGAUAUGACCGCAUCGACCCCAAGGAGCUGGAAGAUCUGAAACAACAAAUCGAAACCCUCAAAACUGAGCGCGACCAAGCAUCUCAACAAGCCGAUGAGGGUUUUGAAGAACGCAUCAAAGCUGCCGAGGAGGAGGCCGCGAAGCAGAAGGCGGAGGCUGAGCAGGCACACGAACGGAGAAAGAACGUCGUGGCUGAUGCUAGAGAGAAGAUUGGAGCGCUUAGAACCCAAGUGAAAGAGGCUGAGACGAAUCUUGCGAAUGCACAAACGGAACUCGCAACGGUACGAGAGGAGUUGCAGUCGGUACGCCAAGAACGUGACGAGGCACAGGCGAAGGCGAACGCUAGCAGUGAUGUUGUGAUGGAAGAAGAAGGCCAGGUCGCUGAAAGCAACGCUGGCUUAUCGUCUGAAGAAAAGGAGCAGCUGGAAGCUCGGGUGAGGGAGGCGGAAGAUCGGGAACGGCAGCAGACGAACCAGCUUGAAGAAUUGCAAACAAGGGAUCGCACGCUCGAAGGCCAAGUUGUGAGUUCUUCGUUUGCGAAUAUUGCGUGGACAUCGUUAACCACUGACCAGGCGGAGUUGCAACAGCGCGUUGGUGUCCUUGCCAAAGAAGCUCAAGAUGCAAAGGACGACAAAGCGCGUGCCGAUGCUCAAGUCGCACAGUUACAGUCCCAACAGAUUCCUAUACAGCCCACUGAAACCACGUCGUCUUCAGAGCUGGUUGCGCAAUUGAAGGAAGACCUUGCUGCACGCGAGAAAGAAGUGGAAGAUCUCCGCACCCAAGCAGAGAUGGCAGACUCAUUCGUUGGUAAUGGCGAGGAAGCCGGCGCGAAACCUCGCACGGAACCACCUACGGAGCAAUUUGGUACCGAGAAAGCUGCCCUUGAAGAGCGAACAUCUGCCCUCGAAGAGCGCGAGGCUGCGUUGGCGAAGGCCGAGUCCGAUCUGCAGCAACGCAAAGCUGAAAUUGAAGCUGCCCAAUCUUCGGAGAAUCAUGCUGAGCCUGCUACUGAGCCACAAAAUGAUAGCCCUUCGCAAGCUGACCAGAUUGCUGCAAUGAACGUGAAAAUGGAGAACUUGAAAGAGAAGGCAAAUGCAAAGAUCAAGAAGAUUUCGGAAGAAAAGCGGAAGACGAUUGAAGAGAAAGACGCCGAGAUAUCACGUCUCCAGGAAGAGGUGGAUCGACUGCAGAAGGAGGUGGAGCGAUUGCAGACAGAAGUCGAGCAGAUGAAGCAAGCUCCUCCAGCUUCGACAGUCCCCGGUCCUGAUGCAUCCGAUCUUGAAAUUAAGGAUUUCAUCAAAAACAGCAAGACAGUGAAGGAAAUCAUAGACAGAAACAUAAGGACCAAGGUGGAGCAGAGGAUUGAAGAGGUGACCGCCAGUGUCCGAGCAGAGGAACAAGCAGCUCUAGCACAGAAGAUUGAGGACGCCAAGACAGCGGAGAGGAAUCUGGUUGAAACGAGAACCAAGGCCAAGCUCAGCAUGGCUAAGAACAAGACUGACGGCCUUACUGCCAAAUGGAACGUUGUCGUGGCAGCUACAAAAGAUACGCCCGAGAAGCCCAUCAAAGACGUCUUCGACGUAGCCAACGCUGCCAAAGCUACAGCUCCAGCACCGAAGACAGACCCUACCCCAACCCAGCCAUCUGUCGCUGAAGGCGCACAGUCGCAAGCACCUGCUGCUACAACAACCGCUCCCGCGCCCGUAACGCUUGGACAACAACAACCCCAAGCUGCUGCAGGUGCCGGUCCUCAAUCGAACGGCUCAAACAUCAACACCUUGGGGCAGUUGCCCAACAAUCAGUCUGGUCUCGGCAAUCCCUUCGUGCAUUCUAUGAACCAAGGUCUGAACCAGAAACAAUUUGGUUUGGGCUCUCAACAGCAGGGUGGAUUCGGAGCACCGAACCCGUUCCAGAACCAACAGCAUCACAGCCGCCCCAAUUCGCCGUUCGGCCAGCUACAACCACACAUGCAACAGCCGAUGCAACAACAGCCGACAAUGCAGCCGUACCAGCCUCCACGGGGUGGUCAGAACAUGAACAUACGUGGUCAAUCAAGCAUUCCUCGUGCUGGCUCCGGUAUUCCUAUUCCGGGCGGCGGCGGCGGCGGCCGAGGCCGAGGCGGUCAACAGCAGCCCAUGCUAGGUCCAAACGCAGGUGCGCAGGCUAAUCAGCAGCAACUACGUGGCGGCGGCGGGGGUCGAGGACAACAGGGAGGUCGAGGACGCGGUCAACAGCCUGGUAGUCCCAUGAACCCGGGGGCGAACGCGUUUGUGCCUCCAGGGCCUGGCGGGAAGGGCCAGAAGCGCGGCGCUGAAGACGAUGGGACUCAGCAGCAACAGCAGCAGCAGCGCGGGAAGAGGCAUCGGGGUGGACGUGGUGGUGGAGGAGCGGGAGGCGAUGGAGCCUCUGCGGAGUAA